AGCUGGUUUCUCCAAAAUUACCUACCCCACCUUUAAAUUAAUAGUAUGUAAUUGAUGUACAAUUACAACAGCAAUGUGCUUGCUGUUGUUAUUCCAAAGUGAACUUUCCCAUGGGAAUCUAAAUGCCAUCAAAAAAAGCCUCCGGGCUGAAUGAAUCGGUUCCUAUAAAACCAGACGUUCCUAGAGCAUGACCUACAUUCUCGUGGAGGCAGCAACAGUCUCCACAGGUGACCAUGGCUGAGUACAAGCUAGAGAUAACAACGGGUGAUCUGCAAUAUGCAGGAACAUCGGACUACAUUUAUGUCACCUUAUUUGGAACUGAGGGGCAGAGUGAGCGAACUUUGAUGGACAACUAUGGCUUCGACUUUCAAACAGGGGCACCAGGGAGCUACACCUUGAAAACCAGUUUUUCUCUGGGCAAACUUCUGCUGGUUAAGGUUGAGAAGGACCAGUAUUUAUGUCUCCCAGAGGAUGAGUGGUACUUCUCCAAAAUGGUGGUGACGACUCCAGAAGGAGAUGUUAUUCUUUACCCCUGUUACAGAUGGAUUGGCAGGGGAGAAAUGGUGGAGCUGAGAGGAGGGAGAGCAAUGAAAGCUGUUGAGGAUGAUCACCCCCUGUUGAUUGACCACCGAAAGAAAGAGCUGAUGCUCAAAAAGAGCUUGUUCCAAUGGAAGAGUAUGGGUGAAGGACUACCCCAUUUCAACAGUUUCAAUGACGUGUCUGAGCUCCCAGCUGAAAUCAGCUACUCCGAUUCCAGAACAGCUGACAUCAAUUACUCAAGAAAAAAAAUUGCUAUUGAACUCAAGGUUAAGGGGCUGCUAGGAUCUACUGCAGAAUGGGAAAGCAUUGAAGACAUAAAAAAAAUAUUCUGUUUUAAAAAGACAACAAUAUCAGAGUAUGUUGCAGACCACUGGAUGGAAGAUGACUUUUAUGGAUAUCAGUUCCUGAAUGGAGUCAACCCUGGUGUUAUAAAGCGCUGCUCAGAGCUUCCCACAAACUUCCCGGUCACAGAGGAAAUGGUGAAGCCGUUCCUGGAAGAGGGAAGCUCUCUGCAGAAGGAAAUGGAGAAAGGCAACAUGUUCCUUUAUGACCAGAAGAAGAUGGAUGGAAUUCCCCCUGCAGCCUAUAAUGGUGAACCUCUGCACGUGACUGCUGGUCUCUGUUUGCUCAACGUGAACCCAGAAAACAAACUGAUGCCAAUUGCAAUACAGUUGAAUCAACAACCAUCUGAGAAGAACCCCAUCUUCCUGCCCAGUGAUCCAGAAACUGACUGGCUGCUAGCCAAGAUGUUCAUAAAAAAUGCAGAUUCCAUGGAUCACGGAUCAGUCCAUCACUUCAUGAGAAUUCACCUUCUGGCAGAGGUUUUCGCUCUUGCAGCUCUCCGCAGCUUCCCUGUGAUUCACCCAAUGUACAAGCUGCUGUUUCCUCACUUCCGGCACACUCUUUACCCAAACAUUAAAGCCCGCCUAACUCUAUUCGGACCUGAUGGUAUUUUAAGUAAGAGUUCACUUGGACGUGAUGGAAUACAUGAGCUCAUGAGAAGGGAUCUCUCUGAAAUGACCUACAGCUCUCUCUGUCUGCCGGAGAACAUCGCUGCACGAGGACUGGAGUCUAUCCCCAACUUUUACUACAGAGAUGAUGGCCUGAAGCUGUGGAACAUCAUCCAAAGCUUUGUGAAGGCAGUAGUGGAGCACUAUUAUCCCUCAGACUGUGAGGUGCAUAGAGACACUGAGCUGCAGGACUGGAUCAGUGAGGUCUUCACACAUGGCUUCUUAGGAAACAAAGCAUCAGGGUUUCCAGCAGCCUUUCAUACUGUCGAGGAAGUGGUCAAGUUCACAACCAUGGUGAUCUUCACAACGACGGUUCAACAUGCUGCCGUACACAGUGGGCAGUAUGACUACAGCUCCUGGGGCCCCAACGGCACGUUCCUUCUGCGCAAACCUCCUCCAACCACCAAGGGGCAGUCAAGCAUGAAGACGGUCCUGGAGACCCUCCCGAAUGUUGGCGAGACAGUCAGAUUAGCAGCGUUGUUUUGGUUGUUUUCAGACAGAUACUCAGACUAUAUUCCCUUGGGAACAUACCCAGAGGAACGAUUUGAUGAGCCUGAGCCUAAGCAGAUGAUAAAGGAAUUCCAAGCAGCAUUGUCGUGCCUCAGUGAAGCAAUAACAACAAGAAACGCACAUCUUGAACUACCCUACUCAUACCUGGACCCUGCGGAGAUAGAGAACAGCGUUUCUAUUUAAGCAGAUCUGCGAUUGUAUCCAUGUAUUUCUCAUCACCUAUUUUACAUGCUGGGAGGUCAGUUAGACUUUUGAUAUAAUACAUACUGUAUAAAAGCUGGGCAGAUAGAUGAGGUGUAAUGGAUAAUUCACUAGCAGGGACCAUGCCAAAAAAGUGUGAUGUUUGUAGGUUUAUUGCAAGAAGUAACAAAUGAAUUGAUAUGGAGGGGGUGAUGAGAUAUUCUGGUCUGGGAGGACGUGCUGUGGGAGACUUAGAGUGGGGGUUCCGUCUCCGGCAUGAUCUGCUCGGGCUGAUUACGGGCCCCCAGAUAAUUCCUAGAAUUAGACAUUUUAAAAUAUACACAAGUUAAAUAUGAAUGGUGACAGGCAGAGGAUGUUGGGAAGUAGGGAUCAAGGGAUGUAGGGAUGUAGGGAUGAAGGCAUGAGGGAAGGGAGGGAUGAAGGGAUG